AUUGACAUCACUAGUAAAUAACCUUACUUCUCAAUUCUAUAAGCUUCGAUAAUUUGAAGAUAUUCUAUUUAUUUACUAAUCAUAGUUAAAAAUUAAGAACGUAUCGUUGAAAUGAUAUUUAAAUUACUGAAUAAUUAGUGCAUAUUGUCGUCAUAGAAUAGUUAUUUGUAAGUUUUCAGAAGGUUUAACGAAAACUUGAAGAAUGGGCAUUUUAGAAAAGAUUUCAGAAAUCGAAAAAGAAAUAGCAAGGACACAAAAGAAUAAAGCAACUGAAUAUCACUUGGGUCUUUUGAAAGCAAAGCUUGCAAAGUAUCGUUCGCAGCUUUUAGAGCCAUCAAAGAAGGGUGGAGACAAAGGGGAAGGUUUUGAUGUAUUGAAGUCCGGUGAUGCUCGAGUGGCUCUUAUUGGGUUCCCAUCUGUGGGAAAAUCAACUCUGUUAUCUACACUGACACACACACAUUCGGAGGCUGCCAGCUAUGAGUUUACAACAUUGACCUGCAUUCCCGGUGUGAUUGAGUAUAGAGGUGCCAACAUACAGCUGCUUGACUUGCCUGGAAUUAUUGAAGGUGCCGCACAGGGCAAGGGUAGAGGAAGACAGGUGAUAGCGGUGGCGCGCACGGCUGAUCUGGUGCUUAUGAUGCUGGACGCCACCAAGCCGUAUGUGCACCGCCAGCUGCUUGAGAAGGAGCUGGAGAGUGUCGGCAUCAGGCUUAAUAAAAAUAAGCCUAAUAUUUACUUUAAGGUGAAGAAAGGUGGAGGACUGUCAUUCAACUCUACAUGUCAGCUCACCAAGGUUGAUGAGAAAAUGGUGCAAAUGAUACUACAUGAAUACAAAAUAUUUAAUGCUGAGGUGCUAUUCCGUGAAGACUGCACUGCCGAUGACCUGAUCGACGUGAUCCUGGCCAACCGUGUCUACCUUCCCUGCAUCUAUGUUUACAACAAGAUUGACCAGAUCUCCAUACAAGAGGUUGACAGGAUAGCGCGCGAGCCACACUCCGUUGUCGUCAGUUGCAACAUGAAGCUGAACUUGGACUACCUACUGGAGAUCCUAUGGGAAUAUCUCUCCCUUAUCCGCGUCUACACUAAGAAGCCCGGACAGCCGCCAGACUUUGACGAGGGCCUCAUUCUGAGAAAGGGAGUGAGCAUCGAACACGUGUGCCACUCUAUCCACCGGUCGCUGGCGGCGCAGCUGAAGUACGCGCUGGUGUGGGGCACCAGCACCAAGUACUCCCCGCAGCGCGUCGGUGUAUCUCACGUGGUGCACGAUGAGGACGUCGUGCAGCUCAUCAAGAAGUAAUGAAGUUGCAGACACUGGAGUGUGAUUUGGUGGUCACUGCCGCUUUACCGUGAAUUUCCACUGCCGCAUACAUCUGUACAAAAGCAUUUAUUUUUUUAAGUGAAAGAGAGAUGGUAAUUUUGUAAAAAUGUUUCGACAGUGGAAACUCGCGGUUAUACAGAGCUUGAGAAUGUUGAAAGUUUAUAAAUUCGACUAGCAAUAAAAAAAUACUUAUAGCACAUAACACACUAUGACAUAUUUGUCUAAAACUAGUGAUUUUUAACUAUAAAAUUCAUAAUGACUUUAAUUUAUAAAUUCUGAUCAUGAUAUAGUGUAACUUUACUGAAUUAUAGAUUAAAAAAAAAACAAUUUGUGUUUUUUAUUCACAAUUUUUUAUGUUAUAAGGUGGCAAACGAGCAAGUUUCCUCCAGACUACGCCGUAAUAGCGAAGCGACUGCUGCCCACAGAUAUUAGCAAUUACAGAUGUGUUGCCUGCCUACCUUUAAUCAAUGGAGGAUGGGAGGCACAAAAAUAGUUCAACUUCCCCUUCCCAUCCUUUCUAUACAAAAUGGUGGGAAGUGGACCAAAAAUUCGGCCUCCUACACCACACUCAUUAGAAGAAACGCGGAAUUGCUUCCAAUUGACGCCUGUCUUCUGUGUGGUCUUGGUAUUGUACCAGGCGAACCAAAUCUUGCAACUGAUCUAGUUUUUCCUGGCGUCUGUUUUUUCUCUAUCUAUAUCAUCAUUCUUAAAAUUAUCUAAUUGUUAUAAAAAUAUUGUCAUAGUGUGUUUAAGUAACAUUUGUUGGCGAUUGUACAGGAAACACCAUUUUGUAUAUAAUGUGGUUUACAU